AUGGACUGGGCAGUAAAUGUGGCCCAUCCACGAUUGCUUUACGAAGACCCCAAAUUAUCAGUAACGUUUAUUGUGCCGAGCUUAUUUCAUAUCAUUGUAGCUUUCGUACUAUUAGGGAUAUGUGCGUCCGAUUUUCUUUGCCCCAACGUGGCUCGUAUAUCAGAUCCUAGUAGUCUUCGAUCGAAUGGUUCGUUGGCUUCAAAAACAGCAUCUCAUGCUUCUCAUACUGGCGCCUUAAUGGCAGUUCUACUAUCCUGGUGUAACUCUUCACCUGACCUGUUUUCGAACUUAAUGAGUUGGGCAACCUCUACAAGAGAAACAAGAGCAACCUCAGUAUCAUUAUCAAUUGGCGAAGUGCUGGGUGCCUGCGGUAUUAUUCUGUGCAUUGUGGAAGGUUCUAUUUUUAUUAUUAUGUCAAGGACACAUAUUGAAAUAUCGCACAUUCAAAAGUUAUCUAUUAUAAGAGAUUUAUUAUUCUCCUUGGUUGCUAUGUGCGUGAUGAGUUAUGUUUCCUUUAUGAACCAGGUCACUAUUCUAAAUUGCUUCUUAAUGGUGUUUCUUUACGCAUUUUAUUUAGUUGUCAAAUUGACUUUCAAAAUUAACCGUCCCCCAGAAACCCCUACUGAAACCGCUGCAGAUAUAAGCCUCAGAGAUAACUCCGUUUCUCCAUUUUUAGAUGACUCUCUGAUGGCCUCAGGUUUAUUACCACCAAUACAACCUGGCUUUGACGUAUCCAAUUCUAUAACACACGGAAUUAAGCCAAGUUUGCUAUCUGCUAUGGAUUUCAAUAGUUUUCUAUCAAUGCUAGAAAAUUCAUCCCUGGAGGAGGAUGACCCAAGGAAUGAAAUGGCAGAGUUGAAUACUCUUCGUAGUUUAACGCCAGCAAAACAUUGGCCCAUCACUGUAACAAGUGCUGCUGAGGCGACCACGAGUGCCGGAAGGCCGUUUAGUGAGCCAACGAAUGCUUUUACAGAAUACACUGAUUUUGAUAGGGCAAUAAAUAGCUCUCCAGCGUUAUUUGCCCCUUACCAUGAUAACCCUAAUGAUGAAGAGCUUCAAGAUGAAGUUUUAGCGGAGACUCCAGGUGAUGUCCAUUUUGGUGCUCAGGAAAUGCGAAGAAUUUCCAUGAAAUCUCUACGAUCAAUUAUAAAAAUUUUCAUACCACAUCUUUCAAACUUCUCUCAGAAAUCUACCUCAGAUGCAGUAUUCUCCACCAUUACUGUUCCAUUCUUUGUCAUAUUUAAAUUAUCAUGUCCACAACCCCCUACAGAUAUACUGAGUUAUGACCCCAUUCUGAAUAAAUACUCAUUAACAACGUUACCCAUAGUUUUGUUGUUUAUUCAAUCUAUUACCGCUCCUUUUCUCCUUUGUAGCACACUUUCUGUGCUAUUAACUUAUCCCUUAGGUUAUCUCGUUUAUCUUUUCCCUUUUACUUUAUCCAUAAGCUUGAUUCUACUAUUGAUAGCUUUCAUCACAAAGGUAAAUUUACAUAACAAGUUUACUUUGUCAUUAGAUAGCUCAGAAAUUUUACAAGAAAAACUGCGGAAAAGGAAACUGCUAGAAAGACUUAACACUAGCACUCAAGUAAUCUUUCUAGCUAUUGGAAUAAUAAAUAUUAUUAUUUGGAUAUCACUUUUAGCCAAUUGUCUCAUAGAAAUGAUGGAAAUAUAUCAAAAAAUAUUAGGAUUAUCCAAAGCCAUUUUAGGCCUUACAAUUUUUGCAUGGGGCAAUUCCAUAGGGGAUCUGAUCUCCAACAUAUCUAUGUGCAGGCUUUACAAGACCCAAACUCAUUACCAAGACAGAGUUCAUUUAGCAACAAAGUUUUUCAUGAUAUCAUGCGCAUCUUGUUUGGGAGGCGUAAUGUUGAAUUCCAUGGGUGGAAUAGGUUUUAGCGGGUUAGUUUCAAUGCUGUUCAUUGGUGUUUUUAACGAUAACGAAUGGUGGUUUCUAAGAAAAGUUGAAUUACAAGAAUCAAGUCGGUUGGAUAAUACAUUAAAUUAUAAAUUUAUUGUUUCUUGCGUCUUUAUCAUCCUACAGAUUAUUCUCUUGCUAGUAUUCUUCGGCGGGCCUAAGAAUAUUAAACGAUACCUAACGAGCGAGAUGAAGUUGACCGGAAUAUUCAUGUGCGGAUUAUGGGCACUAGCAACCUUAAUAAAUAUACUUCUAGAACUGUUUGGGUGA